ACAAACGUUUUUAGCUCUUGAGAAACACCACCACAAACCCCUUUGGUCCGCUCUCUGACACACUCGUCCACAAGUCGCAACCUCCGCCUUGAGAUGAGAGCCGCCGUCACCGCCUCCGCCUCAGUCAGUCUUCGCCAUCUCUACGGCGGCUUCCCUUGUAUUGUCCCCUCUCGUUCUUUUUCCUCCUUACCUUUUCGCUCUCCUCGUCUCUGCAUCUUCCGCCGCCGCAACUUCCGCCCUCGCCAACUCUUCCUUAGCCGUACCUACGCCGCAAGCUUCAGUUCUUCUUCAGGUGCUGAUUCGACCUACGACGUUAUUGUGGUUGGUGCGGGACAUGCUGGGUGCGAAGCGGCCUUAGCCUCUGCUCGAUUGGGUGCUAGUACUCUGCUUCUCACAUUGAACCUCGAUCGAAUAGCUUGGCAGCCUUGUAAUCCAGCAGUAGGCGGACCAGCAAAAUCACAAUUGGUACAUGAAGUUGAUGCACUUGGUGGUGAUAUUGGGAAAGUUGCUGAUAGAUGUUAUUUACAGAAGCGUAUUCUAAAUGUCUCCAGGGGCCCUGCUGUAAGAUCGUUACGUGCUCAGACCGACAAAAGAGAAUAUGCCAUGGAGAUGAAAAAGAUAGUGGAAAGCACUGAAAAUCUCUGUAUUAGAGAGGGAAUGGUAACAGAUAUCCUAGUUGGGAAGAAUGACAAUGUGGAAGGCGUAGCCACAUUUUUCGGGAUGAACUUUUAUGCACCUUCCGUUAUUCUCACCACUGGAACCUUUAUGAGUGGGAAGAUUUGGGUCGGUAAAAAGUCUAUGCCAGCUGGAAGAGCUGGCGAGUCAGCUUCACAAGGAUUGACAGAGAAUUUGCAAAAACUUGGAUUUGAAACAGAUCGCUUAAAGACUGGUACUCCAGCGCGUGUGGAUCGCCGGACUAUAGACUUUUCCAAUUUGGAGGCUCAACAUGGAGACGAAGAGGUCAGCUGGUUUAGUUUUGACCCAGAAUUUCAUAUCGAGAGAGAGCAAAUGUGCUGCUACCUAACUCGCACGACAAACUUAACACACCAAUUAAUCCGAGAUAAUUUGCAUGAGACCCCAACUUAUGGUGGAUGGGUUGAAGCAAAAGGGCCUAGGUAUUGCCCUUCCAUUGAGGACAAGGUAAAUUCUUGACGUCUUUUGCUUUGUA